AUGGUGCAGUCUACAAAGACAUCAUGGCUCUCUGCCCUAGCUGUGGCACUACUGGCAGUAUCCACAGUUCACGCGCAUCCAGUCCGCCAGAUGAACGAACAGAUGGAAGGCCAAGCAGGCAAACUUGAUACUCGUUCACCGAGACUAAUCCCAAACACUGCGGAGUACCUCAACGACCUCUUUGAGGAUUUGGGUCUGAAAUUGCCAUCUAGUUCAACCGCCACGCCAACUUCCACUCCAGUCGCUACGCCAACCGCCAGCUUCAAGCCCGAGCAGGACGAGCCUGAGAAUAUUCAGGCGACACCAACCACCCACAUCAUCUACUCAAGCUCUACCAGCUACACGCCAACCUAUGGCAGCGAAGAGGCGGGCUAUACACACACGGUGAAGCAGGAGACGAGCCACAGGCCAUUGAAGAAUAUUCAAUUGGGGCACGGUUGGAACGAGCCCAACAAGCCUACUGCCGAUGAUGCUGAUGCUAUCUUCGACUCGGUGUACACACAGCUAAAGCACGAACUUAGCGAUGUGAUCAAUAGCUCUGAUGAGGUUGGAUUGGAUAGGUUCAUUGAGUGA